CUCCGGCGGCCAUUGUCGUCGAGCUCUUCUUACCGCAAUCAAACAAAAUUCUCCUUUCUAGUCUCGAAUUACCACUCCGUAACAUGUUCCUUGGCCAGAGAGUACCGCGACGUCCACAUUGAUUUUGAAGAUCCUAGCCGCUUGUGGUCGCCAAGUCAUGGAUUGUACUUUCUGGAUCUUCGCACGCGGGUGCACUUGCUGAAGAGGGAAAACAACGGUGAUGUUUAUGAAUUACCUCGAGUUGUGGAAAAGGUUAAAAUCGCCCUGGUCACCACUCUAACGUCAGCCGCUUCCUGGCAAGCUCGACUCAGUCACCCUUCGCAUCAAUCUCUCACAACUCUCAUUCGGUCGUACUCUCUUCCAGUUUUGUCAUCACUAGCUCUUUCUUCUUGUGAUGCUUGUCUUUCUAAUAAAAGCCAUAAACUGCCAUUUUUCAGUCUCUUGUCUUUC